AUGGAUGCCAGCAAGAGUGGCCUUCCAGUACUGAUUAAAAUACCAUUAGUUGGAGACAGACCACUUGUCAGGGCAAGGCACACACUGCAGAUCCUGCUCCUGCUGAGAUUCACUGGCAUUCUUAUCUUUGGAGAUUUUCUGGGAUUUUGUGUGAUUCUUCUUAGAAAUGGACAACUCUGUUCAUCAAACAACACGUUGCUUCACUCCUACAGACUCGCCACAUGCUCACUGCCAUGUGCCAAAGGAUGUGGACAGCAGAGCGCUGGGCAGCACAGCAGAGCUCUGUGGCUCCUCAGGAAGCCCUCAUCAGCCUUACCAGGUUUAUAUGGGGACCAACUCUUGAAUCACAGGGAAAAUGUUGAAACCAUGGGACAGGUGUCUGUCACCCAGCAAGAAGGACAAGUCACCGUGGAGCAGGGAAACACCUUCCAGACCAAUUGCACAUACCAGAGCUCCGGCUUUAAUGGUUUGUUCUGGUACCAGCAGAAGAAGGGACAAGCCCCUCAGCUGAUUUCUUCUCAAGCAGGAAAGGGCACCAAGCAGAAGGACCGUUUCACCACGGAGCUGAACACUGACGAGAAACACAGUGUUCUGCGGCUGAAGGAAGUUGAGCUCUCUGACAGCGCCUUGUACCUCUGUGCUGUGAGUGACACCCUGGUGCAGUGAGCUACCCUGGCUGAGCAACAACCCCGGAUGGGGAGGGGAUGUGUCUCUGCAAGGAAGAGCUCUGGGAUGGGGCCCUCAGCUCUCCCCUGGCUGCACUGCUUCCCCUGUUCACUCCAAGAUCUGACAGCCAGAUCCUCUUUCUCAAACAGGCUGGUGUCUGUGGCUGUGCAGAGAUGGCUGACCCUGACUGGCUGACCUGGACCGCAGGGCUCUACUUUCCUCUCUUCCCGGUCUGACAGAAUAGGGCAGAGCCUGCUGGGAAAUAAGACUCCCCUAGGGGCUGGCUCUCAGCUCCUCAGGCCCAGGGUGAGUAAAUUCCUGCCAGCCCAUGAUAAAACAGCUUGCUUCAAGCCCUGGCCAGCCAAGCCCAGAGACCCCUAGAAGUAGUUCUGACAGAGAUUUGCAGGGUUCUUCUCUCUCUUCAGUGAGUCAGUCAAUAAACUGGAUUUGCAUCCCAGCCACCAGGUUUUCUCCAGACCUUCAGCCAGUUCAUGUCCAAAGCCUGUGCCUAAGGGACAGAACAAAUAGAGCAGCCCUUAGUGCCAAAGGCCCAAGAGCUCUCCAUGUUCAUCACCGUAAGCAAUCAGAGCAAGAGAUAAAUGAAGACCUACAGCCCACUGAGUUCGUUGACGUCUCCUCAGGGGAGCUGGAGGCAUGUGUGAUCAUCCUCAGCCCCUGCACAGGGAGCAGUGUCAUAAUGACCAGCUCCUGCGGCAGUGGGGCAUUGCAUGUCUGGGACAAGCUGGGUGUCCUGCAGGCUGCAAAUGCCGAGACCUGGCAGGAGAAACGAGGCUGUGCUGAUGAAGCUUCCUCCAUCUCACAAAGCAUGCUGAAUGUGGUGUUUUGAUGUCCUCAGACUUGAGGAAACUCUUUUGUCUGCUUGCAAGAGCAAGAAGCAAAGCAACCCGGAGAAAGAAAAGCUUGGCCCAGGCAGCUCCCAGCAGGGGGCAGCCAUGGGCCCUCUUUCCUCUGUGCUCUCGGGGAAGGCAGCACCAGGCUCAGCCUUGUCUCAGCAGGGGUCUGAUCUACCCCCGGGAUCAUUGCCCCAAGGAUUCUCUGGACACAUUGAACACCUCUGCAGGAACAAUGCCUUCCCUCCUGUUCUUGUCUGGGAACAUGGCUGGAGCUGAUCUAACAGCUGUUAAAUUCCAGGUUGAGAAUCGGAAUGAUGCAAUUAAUAUUGGAAUAAAAAUGUUCCAUCAAGGAAAACAUUUAAAACUUCUUUCUCAUCAUGUUCUUCUGAGCUUUCCGUGAACCUGUUCAGAAAAAGCUGAACUGGGAAAUGUAGAGAAUAAAAAUACUUCUUAAAUUUCAUUUAUUUUUUGUUUCUUUUGCAACAUUCUGAAGCUUAAUUUCUCUUCACUUUGAUUGAAAAAACAAUCACUGGGUUGAUACUGAUGAUAGUGUAUAGCAGUGUUUCUGUUGUCUGGCUGGUAUUUUUAUGGGUUGGGACUUCUUUUACGCAGAAAAUUACUGUACAUGAUACAGCCCCGUGGGACACGAAGAAAUCUUUCACUAGCAAUGAAAAAAAAAAACAAUUUCUUUUCAAAGAUGAAAUAAAAAAUAAAAAUAAAACAUUAAUAUUUCUAAUGAAAGACAGUAAUUUGUAGCUCACUUCCAGGAGGGUCGUGAAGUGAAGAGUGGGUGGAUGGAUGCCUGGAGAAGGAUGGACAGCUGUUUGUAUGGCUGUCUCUAUGGAAGUAGAGUGUGAGGGAGAGAGGGCAGAUGGAGGGAAAAUGAGAGAUCGAGAGAGGCCAUGAGAGGCAAGGAUGAGGCUUUUUGUUGAUGUUUUCUGCUGCUCUUAUUGCAACAUGAAACCUCAGUCUGACAUCAUCCCCUUCUGAAACCUUAGAGCCAUGGCAAAGGAGAACAGGACCUUUGGGACUGAAUUCAUUCUUCUGAGCUUAACAGACCAUCCCGGCUGGCACAUCAUCCUCUUUGUCAUUACCUUCUCCUCAUCUCUCUGAAGGCUAUGGGGAAUGGCCCCCCUUUGUCACUGUGGGGAGUGACCAGCCCCCGAGUAGCCCAAUGCACUUUUUCCUCAGCCCGCUCACCUUCUUGGAGAACUUGUACUCCACCACCGUUGCUCCCCAAACACUGGAGACUUCCCAUGUCAUCAGGUGAACCAUUUGUGUUUCCAGCUGCCUGGCAUAGACAUUUUUUUCCCCUUCUCCAGGGUAUCACUGAGUUUCUCAUCUUCACAAUGUUGCUCUCCGAUUGCCACGCACGAGACAUUGCAUUACACCUCAGUCAUGAGAAAGAAACUCUGCUUCUUGCUCUCCUUCGGAGCAUGGGUGCGGAGGGAGUACCAGGAACACCAUUGUCCAUUUCUGCUCAGGUGCUGGACCUCUUCUGAGCUUGGACUGUGGGGCUAUAAUGCUGAGCAAGAUCCUUGACUAUAUCCGAACACUUUCCCUGUUCCCUUGUCUUUCACUCACCUGGAUAUCUGCACCCACAGAAUGUCUUUUCUGGAGCAUGGUGGGGUUGUGCCACCUAUGGGGCCUCUGAGUUCCAGGGCCUGAUGAAAGCUGAUCCAUGAUUGGGGAAAAGAAAGCAAGACCAAGCAGCCAUGAGGGCAUGUUUGGGCAUCAGUCCCUGUCCUGGGCCUGCCUUCAUAAAAAAGGAGUUGGGUUCACAGGGACUGGGGGCUCCAGUGUGUGGCCUGAUGUGACUGGUAGCAGUACGAACUUGGGGAUCCCCUCAGCCCUACGCAUCUUGGCAACAGCUGGGCCAUGCCAGAUGCUGUGCUGAAGGGUGAUAGGGAAGCACAGGGAAGCUCUACCUGCUCUCCAUGCGCAGACAUGAUGCCCAUGUUCAGAUGGUGGAAGAAAGGUGAAAGUGGAGUAGAGACAGAGGGCCAUCCCCAAGACAAUUAACCAUUCCCAGUUUCUGCAAUCCUUUGGGAUCAUCUUUGGCUGAGCCUCCAUCCCCAGCACAGCUCCACCCAAAGCAAGAGGAACACUCUUCCCCAAGAGCUGGGGCCUCCAAUGUCAACAGCACUUGUCUAGGUGGAGACGUCACAAGUCAAGGACUGGUAUCCAUUGGCUGUGGAAGAACUAGGCAUGUCUUCCUCAGCUUCAACAGACAGUGCCUGAAAGAUGAAUUGCUGCAGUAUGUACCACCCUCCGGUGCCUAGGGGAAUGGGGCAGUGCCCUCAACCUAUUCCCACUAAGGAAUGGUUUUCUCUCUUGGCCAUCUGUAUGCAGAGGAAAAGACCACACAGGGACACACUCAGGGUUGCUGCAAAUGUUUAUCAAGUGUCAGGAGGGAAAUGAGUUGACUCCAAGAGGAGGCCCCGAGAUCGUAGCACAGCAGGAGCAGACAAAAAAAAUCUGUUCAGCUUUUCCAAUGGCAGACUUGCAACAGGGCAUCAAUCGACCUGGCCCACAAGUGGAGAGGGCUAGCAGGUCACUCCAGGCUGGUUUCUGGGGGCCUCACGGAAAGCAGAGGGCAACAAAGAAAA